AGUACAUUCUACAAGCAUUUGUGAAUAUGUCUGACUCCGAUGAUACUUGUGCUGCGAUAGUGAUUGCUUGUUUGACGGAAAAGAAAAAAGUAAAGCCAAAAAGAAAGCAGAGGGUGUGGAUGAAGGAAUGGCUGAAGAAGAGGGAUCAAUUCAGCCAUGAUCGAUUAGUAGCAGAGCUUAAAAUAAGUUCAGCUGUUGAUUAUAGAAACUAUCUACGAAUGGAUGCAGAUACGUUUAAACAAAGACUAUUGUCCACUCUGAGAUACCUUGUAAGCGGUGACUCCUUUGAAGAGCUGAAAUUCCAAACUGCCAUCGCAGCUCAAACUCUUGGAAAAAUAAUUGUUGAGACCUGCGAAGCUUUGAUUUACGUUUUGAAUGGAUGCAUCAAGGUAAGUGUUAUUGGUUAUAUAUUAUUUUUCACUAUUAUAGAAUUAUUAUAUAUUAUAUAUUAUAAAAGUAUUAUACACCAUUGA